UAGAAAGGAAUAACAAUGCGCGAGCUGAGAUCAGAGCGUUUCACUUCCGCGACAGGUCUUCUGCUGGGCUGCCCCUCACGGCGUAACUUCUCUGUUUCCCGCUCCCCUCUCCCGUUUCUUCCUCAGAGAGACAACCCACCUCCUCCUCCAGGGUUUAUUAUGCAGAAGGACCUGAACCCCCAUAUGCCACCGCAUCAUCAGCCUGCCCAUCCGGAUUACAAUAUGUACACACGGCAACCGUGCCCGCAACCUUGUCAACCAACCCAACCGUAUUCUUUUCGACCGUCGCUCUAUCAGCCACAGCAACCUCCUCUGGCCCCUCCUACUUCGACCUCCUACCCUACCUCUAACCCCCCUUACAUGCCCUCUAACCCUGCCGGUGCCAUGCCUCCCCCCUUAUAUCCCUCCCAGCCCCAGGCCUCUCCAACCAGCUUGAAUCCGAGUUCUUCUCUUCCCGCUCCUCCUCCCCCUACUUCCGGUGCCUCCUUCCAGCAUGGCCGGCCAGGAGCGCCACCAUCUUCUCUGCCGUCGUACGCGUUGCCUCCUGGACCAACAGAGUAUCAUUAUUUACAAGACCAAGCCAGUUUCCUGCAAGGUCCUCAGAACGGCUGGAACGAUCCCCCUGCUCUGAGCAGAGCCGGGAAGAAGAAAAAGGUGCCUGAUAGCUUCUUGCCUCCUGUUCCCAUCACGGCCCCCAUCAUGAGUCCUUUGUCGGACCCACAAGCUCAGCUGCAGCAGCCUCCCACUUCGGCCCCACCUCCGACUCAGGUUCCCUUCCAGCCUUCUCAUCUGCCUCCAGGCCAGCCAGGGUUACAGAACCCCUUCCAGAAUGUUCCACCGCCAGGGGUCCAGACAAUCAUGACUCCAUCCGUAUCGGCGUCUAGCAUGGAAGGAGCACCGGGCGCUCCGACAGGAAACGCCAUGCAGCACAUGCAGUCCCUGCCCACGGAGAAGAUAACCAAAAAGCCCAUUCCUGAGGAACACCUUAUCCUAAAGACCACUUUUGAAGCUUUGAUCCAGAAAUGUCUCUCUUCAGCUACCGAUCCGCAAACCAAGAGGAAAUUAGAUGAUGCCAACAAACGCCUGGAGUUUCUGUACGAUAAGCUUAGAGAUCAGACGCUCUCUCCGAUGAUAAUCAAUGGUUUGCACAACAUCGCCAGGAGCAUUGAAACCCGUAACUACGCCGAGGGGCUGAACAUCCACACCCACAUCGUCACCACAAGCAACUUCAGCGAAACGUCCGCUUUCAUGCCCGUGCUGAAAGUAGUCCUCACUCAAGCCAACAAGCUUGGAGUCUAAAGGGGGCUUCGGCGGAAGUCCCGGAGCUGUGGAAGGGUGCAUGACGUGCUCCACAUCCUGUCCCUUAGAGCAUGAUGCGGUAGAGAGAGCAAGUCCCGGCAGGGUCCCUGCCAGAGGAGCUUCACUUUAGAAGGGCUCGUGAGCUCUGGUGCUUAUUCCUUUCUCUUCUCUUUUAUUAUUCCUACCUACAGAUAACUGUAUUUAAUUAUGCCACCCCCUCCAUAUCGUCCAUUUUAAAUGCAUGGUAUCUGCUGCUUUGAAAGUGGCUUUUAAAUACUGUAAAGAGAGAGGAUGAGGCAGCCGUCGUCAAAAGAAAAAAAGAAAAAAACCCUUCCUUCCACAAGUCUCAUUAUCAACCAAUUAAAAGUUCCAGAUUCUAUUU